AUGGAAGGAAAUACGAAACAUCAAGUCGUCGACAGGGAAGUUGUCUACGAUUUCGACAAAGAAAGAGAACUCCAGAUGGUAAUGUCGUGCUGCAAAAUAAGUUUCUACUCCUUUGUUUUGACAAUUGGAGACAAAACUAGGAUGCUGGAAACUCUUCAUAUGGUAAUUCUUGCUUUCUAUGAUUUAUCACUCUUGACCACCAAACUCCAAAGCAAUUUCAAGUCAGUUUUGGAAUUCAUCAACAAAGGUUUCUAUACAUACGAAGAAGACUUAGAUGAAAGACAUUACGAAACAACGAAAAACUGCGUACGAAGAAUUCGCCUGGUAAACAAAUGGUUCAGAAUAAUAAUCGUUUCUUCUGGCUUCUCUUUCUUAUUGUUCAAUACUGCCAAGAAAUACAUCGAGAACUCGUACAAGAAGAGACCCUCUAGUAUCCCCAUCAAUCCUUACUUCCCGAUUCCUUUUUAUGUUCCGUUCGACACUAGUUCUGUUCUAACGUUCACGAUCGCCUACCUGUCCAACGUAGCCAUGAUGUACUCGGUCUGUAUGGUGGCCAUAUGCAUUGAAGAGAUAUACAUCAGUUUGCUGGAACAGUUGAAGGCACAAUUCGAGAUAUUGAACCUCUCGAUCAGUAACGUCGUGGAUAGAGCGUUGCGAAGGUACUUCCGUGGCAAGGCGGGACCAAGACAAGAUAUGGAGAGUCUAUACCAGAAGAAGGAGUUCCAAGAUUGCCUGCUCGAGUUUACCAGAGAUAUUAGGAGUUACGUAGAGAUGACGUUUUUCUUCAUAGCAGUGCUCUCAACCUUAACUCUUUCCUUGGCUGUGUUGGUCAUCACUAAGAGUAAGUUAUCCAACGAAGAGCUUUUGGGAGUAGGAACCUUCAUCAUGAUGUUGUUUACUGAACUUUUGUUUACUUUACAAUUUUGUUUAUAUGGUGAAGAAUUGUCGAAUGAGAGUGCCAGAUUUUCUUCACUCUUUGGUCCACCCCUUGGUGGUGCUUCGAUAAAAGAGUGAAAUCAGUUAUUUCUAAUAUGAUUCUGAACACAAAGGAGCCAGUAAUACUGAAAACAUCUUUUCUAAAUAUUAACUCGUCACUAGAAUCGUUCAGUAAUAUUAUUUCUAGUGCCUACCAAGUGGAAAACAUAAUGUUGAAUAUGUAAUGAAUAAUGCGAUCAAUCCGUCAUCAUAUUUUUACUAAACCCAUUUAUUUAUGUAUUUAGAUUUCAUGUAUGCUCACAUAUAACUCUAGCCAUUGCAAAUAGAAGUAUUACUGCUUAAAUAAUUUUUAUUCUUACUACCUAAA